GGAUCCAAGUUGAGAGAGAGAUAGUGAAUUCAGAGCCAAUCUUGUGAAAUCUAGAAAAACAAAAUCUUUUCCAGAGAGGAAAGAUAAAAACUCUUUUAUUUUUAUUUUUAAAAAGAGAGAGUGAAUGAUGAAGAUUUGGUGUGAUGUUUGUGACAAGGAAGAAGCUUCAGUGUUCUGUUGUGCAGAUGAAGCAGCUCUCUGUAAUGGUUGCGAUCGCCAUGUUCAUUUCGCCAAUAAGCUCGCCGGAAAACAUAUGCGUUUCUCUCUUACCUCUCCUACUUUCAAAGAAGCUCCUCUCUGUGAUAUAUGCGGGGAGAGGCGUGCAUUAUUAUUUUGCCAAGAAGACAGAGCAAUACUAUGCAGAGAGUGUGACAUUCCAAUACACCAAGCUAAUGAACACACUAAGAAACACAAUAGAUUCCUCCUUACCGGCGUCAAGAUCUCUGCCUCUCCAUCCGCAUACCCGAAAGCCUCUAAUUCCAACUCCACAGCUGCACUGAACCGAGCCAAAACCAGACCUAAAUCGGUAUCAGGUGAGGUCCCAAGCUCGGCCUCCAGUGAGGUCUUUGCGAGCUCUCCUUCCACAACUACAAGCAAUUACUACUACGGGCUAGAGGAAAACUAUCAUCAAGUAAGCGACUCUGGUUCUGGAUCGGGUGGUACGGGCAGUAUAUCAGAGUAUUUGAUGGAAACAUUACCGGGUUGGAGAGUGGAGGAUUUGCUUGAACAUCCUUCUUGUGUCUCCUAUGAGGAUAACAUUAUGAGUACUAGUAACAAUGAUUCUUAUAUGGUUUACGAUGGUUCUUCUUCACAGUACCAACAUCAAGGGUUUUGGGAACAAAAACCUUUUUCCUGAGCCUUUUCAUUUGAUUGUUGGGAAUUGAAAUUACGAAUCAAACCAACUUGUUCUUUCAGUUUUUUUUUCUACUCAAAAUAUAUUUUUACUUUUUUUUGUAAGGAAGAAUUCGUUGUCUUUGUCAACAAAAAUUCGGAUUUGGAUUGACAACUUUGACUACCGUCCAACUAUAUUGGAUCGUCAAGAAUAUAACAAGUGAUGGGAUCUGUGGAACAACCAAAGAUGGAAUACUCAUGGGAAUGGUCAAAUUAG